AUGGCAAUGAUAUCUGACUUGGUGGCCUUUUCGGCGCAGCAUAUAUUCAUUGUUGUUCUCCUCCUUGUCAUAAUCCAUUUCACUCGCAACUAUCUUACGCCGGGAGUGUGUGUCGUGCCAGGUCCUUUCUUGGCGAAAAUCUCCAACAUCUGGAGAUUCUUCGACGUUGCAAAUGGAGGUGCAGAGGCAACAUUAUACAAUCUACACCGGACACACGGGGAUUAUGUACGACUGGGCCCGAAUGUAGUGAGCGUGUGGAAUCUGGAUGCACUGAAAAUAAUAUAUGGGAUCAACAAAGGCUAUAAAAAAACCGACUUCUACAAGGUACAACAGCAGUUAUCUAAAGGCAAACCGGCAUCGACCCUCUUCACGACUACAGAUGAAAGUUUUCACGCGGCAAUUAAGCGACCUAUCUCCGCUGCAUACUCUAUGAGUACGCUGAAGGAGUUUGAGCCGUUUGUGGACACCACAAUUCAUACUCUAUUUAAAAGAUUGGAUGGGUUUGUGGCUCAUAAUCAAGUGUGUGAUAUUGCAACGUGGCUGCAAUAUUACGCAUUCGAUGUCAUUGGCGAAUUGACAUUUAGCAAGCCGCUCGGAUUUCUGGAACGAGGGAGAGAUAUAGAUGGGAUCAUUGCUGCCCUCGAGAAGAUACUCGAUUAUUCUGGCAAGGUUGGCCAAAUGCCAUGGUUGGAUUACGUCUUGAUUAAAAACCCUCUUAGGCAGUUCAUUCAGGGAGGUUCUACUGGGGCUAUCGCUCGUUUCGCGCGUGCCCGGCUAGACGAAAGGCUAAAGCAGUCGAAGACAUUGCAUUCUCCUAAAAAUACCUGUGCACAGCCACGGAAAGACUUUCUCUUUCGGUUUUUGGAGGCAAAAGAGCAAUAUCCUGAGGUCGUAAACGAUCACCAGGUCUUCUCCUAUACAGUUGCCAAUAUGAACGCGGGUUCAGACACAACUGCAAUUUCGCUAAGGGCCAUCCUCUACUACACGCUGAAAAGUCCCCGGGUCAAAGCGAAGCUUCAUCAGGAGCUCAACACUGCCUACCAAGCAGAAAGAAUUUCGUUACCGGUCUCGUGGAAACAGAGCCAGGAGCAACUGCCUUAUCUCGACGCUGUCAUCAAAGAGGCCCUCCGCCUACACCCCGCUAUAGGGCUCAUUCUGGAGCGAAUAGUCCCUGCUGAAGGGCUCCAGCUUCCGAAUGGUGGGCCCUUCCUACCAGCAGGGACGAUUGUCGGCGCCAACCCAUGGAUCAUCCAUCGCCAUUCGGUCUUUGGAGACGAUGUGAACUCGUUUAUCCCAGAGCGAUGGCUACAAGCAGAUCAUGAAUCUGACAGUCAAUAUCAGACCCGCAGGCAGCAGAUGCUUCGGGCCAAUUUCACUUUCGGGGCCGGCCCGAGGACUUGCAUUGGAAAGAAUAUCAGCCUGUUGGAGAUUUAUAAGUUGAUACCUUCACUGUUCCUGAAGUACCAGAUCGAGCUUGAAGACAUCAACAAGAAAUGGGAGACUUUCAAUGCCUGGUUUGUGCGACAGAAGCACAUGGAUGUGAUAAUACGUCAUAACAGACUAGAUUUCGAGCCUGUGUAUGUCUGA